AUCUUGUUUUUAUCGGCAAUGGCGAAAUGCAGAAGAGAGAGAAAGCAACUCCUUUCACAAAUCAAUUAAUGCCUCCGGGGGGUAUACAGAGAGCUUUAUUUCAUGUAUGGUUAAAUUAAUGUCACUGCUCAAACUGUAACUACUACAUCAUGUGAGUUGGCCAUCAACCCAAAAUCAGAAAUCUCCUUCCAGUUAUUAGAUGAUCAAGCUUCCACUCGCCGCCGCCGCCUUCCUGCUUCUUCUUCCUCUUCUAUUUCCAAUUGUUCAUCUGUCCCACGCCUCACAUUCUAAUUGGGAAUGGAAUGCUACAAAGCCCCGACACGCACGUCUUCUUAAGAGUGCCCUACAACAACGAGGAGGAGGAGACAAAUUGAAAAUGGGUCAAUCUGAUCUCUGGGUUUCUUUACCUGACCAAGGAUGGCGACCUUGUGUCAACACUCCUACUGGUUCUACUUUACAGCAGUAUGAAUCACAAGGUUAUAUACAGUUUUUCCUUGAUGGAGGGUUGAAUCAGCAGAGAAUGGGGAUUUGCGAUGCAGUUGCCAUUGCUAAGAUUCUUAAUGCAACUCUCGUGAUACCUCAUCUUGAAGUUAAUCCAGUUUGGCAAGAUUCAAGCUCAUUCAUGGACAUAUUUGAUGUGGAUAAGUUUAUUGAUGUAUUGAAGGAUGAUAUUCCUAUAGUUAAAGAGCUUCCUGAUGAAUAUGCGUGGAGCACAAGAGAGUACUAUGCUGCUGCUAUUCGAGCUACUAGAAUCAAAACUGCACCAAUUCAUGCAUCUUCCAAUUGGUAUCUGGACAAUGUCUUGCCUGUUCUUCACAGUUACGGGAUAGCAGCAAUAUCGCCAUUUUCUCAUAGGCUGACGUUUGAUAACUUACCCAUUGACAUCCAGAGGCUGCGUUGCAAAGUCAACUUCAAAGCACUAGUUUUCAUGCCCUAUAUUAGAGCUCUUGGAGAUGCUCUCGUCAGUCGUUUACAGUAUCCAGCUAGCCAUAGUGAAGCAAUUGGUACCAAAUACCUGAGAAAGGUUAACGAUGCUAACUAUAAUGAAGGAACUGGGAAAUUUGUUGUUCUCCAUCUUCGAUUUGAUAAGGAUAUGGCUGCUCACUCAGCUUGUGAUUUUGGCGGUGGAAAAGCUGAAAAACUUGCUCUGGCUAAGUACAGACAAGUGAUUUGGCAAGGAAGGGUUCUAAACUCUCAGUUCACCGAUGAGGAAUUGAGAAGCCAAGGCCGAUGUCCUUUGACUCCAGAAGAAAUUGGAUUGCUAUUAGCUGCGUUAGGGUUUGACAAUAAAACCCGCCUGUAUCUUGCCUCCCACAAGGUAUAUGGUGGAGAAGGGAGAAUUUCAACUUUAAGAGAAUUGUUUCCUCUGAUGGAAGACAAGAAGAGCCUUACCACAUCAGAUGAAAGGGCUCAGAUCAAGGGAAAAGCUUCUCUAAUGGCUGCAGUUGAUUACUAUGUCAGCAUUCAUAGUGAUGUUUUCAUUUCUGCAUCCCCUGGCAAUAUGCAUAAUGCAAUGGUGGGACAUCGAACUUACUUGAAUAUGAAGACUAUGCGGCCCAACAUGGCAUUGUUGGGUCAGUUGUUCUUGAAUAAGAGCAUAAGUUGGCCAGAGUUCCAAAAGGCAGUUGAAGAAGGACAUGUUGACCGCCAAGGUCAUUUGAAGAUUCGGAAGCCCAAACAGUCUAUUUAUACAUACCCUGUUCCUGAUUGCAUGUGCCAGGCUUAAGGUGAAAA